UUCUUUCUUCCUUGGGUUUUAUUUUGCCAAUUGGACGAAAAUCUCUUCUCAUCUGGACAUCAGCCGCUUCUCCAGGCUCGGGUCGCAGUGGCAGCAAGCUAAGUAGGGCACUCCAGACGUCCCUCUCCCACAGCAACGCCCUCCGGCGCCUCCUGGACGAAAAUGACCAUCCAGAAUUUCACAAUUUGCUAUGAUGCCAUCAACAGUAAAAACAUCUUCACCAAUGGAGAUACCAUUACUGGGAGAAUUAUUGUGGAGCUUUCAAAGGAAACACACAUCCAGUCUCUAGUUUUCAUAGCCAAGGGAAACGCUAAGGUGUGCUGGUCCGAACAUUAUGGACAAAAUAUGCAUGUUGUGCUCUGGUCCAAUGAGAAGUAUUACGAAGUCAAGCAUCACAUUUUGAGGGAGGCGAGAAGAGAUGGAACAGAAGUUAUCGGUCGAGGAAGGCAUGUUUUCCCCUUUUCCUUCAAGAUUCCUGAUAGAAAAAUACCAUCGUCUUUCAAAGGCUGGGAAGGUAAAAUUAAACAUCAGUUGAGGGCAGAGCUGAAACAGUCAAUGAGACUCACCAAAAAAACCAAAACCUGCUUCACCUUCGUGUCCAAAGCAGACAUGGACACUCCUGGACUCAUGGAACCCCAGUACGGGUGCAAGGACAAACCUGUCACCUUCUUUGCUUCCGGAAACAUCUCAAUGGACGUUCACACAGAGAGGAUGGGAUACCAGCAAGGCGAGGGACUGAAAGUCAUAGCAGAGAUCAGCAACUGCUCAACUCGCUCAGUGAAGCCAAAAUUUGUCCUCUAUGAAAAGAAGAGUUUCUUUGCCCAGGGUCGCAGAAGAGUACACACAAACGAUAUCCUGAAGGAGAAGGGAGAGCCUGUUCCACCUUCUAACAGACAGACUGUGACCAAGGUCCUCACCAUCCCUGCAGAGCUGCCUCCCUCCAUCCUGAACUGCUCCAUCAUCAAGUUCGAGUACAGGCUGAAGGUGGUUCUCAAUGUUUCCAUGACCAAAGAUCCUGAGGUUAAACUGCCUAUUGUCAUUAUCCCUCACAAGAAUGGACCUUCGUCUAAGGAGCAGGAGGCAUACUGGAACAAAAGUUUAGAUACAUAGGAAUACCAGCCUGACUUCCUCCAGACCAAAACGUAAAGUUAUUUUUACAUAAGCAUUUUCAGAUUAUGAAACGAGCAAGACCUGCCUUGAUUAUCAAAGCUUUAGU